AUGAGGCCAAACCCUUACUCGAUGCACGAAUACCGUACGGAGAGACUCCCGAAGUUGAAGGAGAGUAAUCCCACAUUUAGGCAUGACCUAAAGGACACCUUUAAGCUUGUCUUCAAUGAGCCCCUUUGGCACCGGGGUCCCCAGGUCAUAUCGCAAAGCCCAGGCGAGGCGGAUCCCACGCUUGCCCUCCCUUCUGAGCACCUUCCGGGGGGACAGCCCGCAGCGCAAGUCCUGGUCGGUAAUCAGCCUCAACCCGAACCUCAUCCAGCUCAGCAGCAAGCAGUCGCUGAGCCGGAACAGGGUCCACACCCGCCACGUCCCGCGCCGGACGCCAUCAACGGGGACCCUGAUAUCCCCCUCCUCUCCAGCUCGGAUUCAGACUCAGGCUCGGGGGCUGACUCCGACUGGCUUUCCGAUUUAGAGGCCGAGGACUUUGGAGCCGAUCGCGCGGAGUUUCAACGGCUGCGUGCCGGCGGCGGGGCACGCGCCCAAAGGAAUCAGGCCCCAGCCCAGGUGCAGCAAGAGGGGCUGGAAGAGCAGCCGCCUCCACAGCCACCACAGCGCCUGCAGCAGGAGCAGCAGCAUCCACAGGGGCGUCAGGCUGCUGAGGAGGGAGUGCGCUACAUGGCGCUCCUGCGCGGCCACUCGGAGUUCGCGCAUUCCUCCGCGGGGUCGUACCCACUAUACCGGGGAGCGUACGUGUACGGAUUUCCGUACGCUCCGUACGGCGGUAGUGUGUCGCCAUCGGUGAUGCUGCCGCGCGGCGCCGCCGCUGCGGCGGCAGAUGCCACGGCGCUGGCACGGCGAGUGCACGCUCUGGCCGUCGUCGCUGUACGGCGGCUGUACUUUUUGGUUGUGACGUCAGCACUCGUCGCCGGCGCGGCGGCAGUGGCGUCGGCGACGGACACGGCGACGUCGCUGGCGGCGGCAGCUCCACGGACGUUACGUACAGUUAUGUGGGCCAUUCGGGCUAGCCUGAGCUACAAGCGCUUUCAGGCCUCCUGCUACGGCGCCGACACGGAGCACGACGAGGCCUACCAGGCGGCCCUCAGCCAGCUGCAUACCUACUGGGCUAAGCAGCUCCUGGCGGUCUGUCGUCGCAACGGCGGAGUGUACGUCAAGGCGGGACAGUUUGCAGCGGCGUUUGGGGGCGUGCCCCGGGAAUACCGUACCGUACUGUCACAGCUGGAGGACCGUGCCGUACCCAAUCCGUACAAAGUGGUCCGCCGCGCCCUGGAGCGGGAGCUGGGCGGCCCCGAGCGAGUGGACUCCGUGUUCUCUUCCUUCAGCCGGCGGGCCACUGCGGCCGCCUCCCUGGCGCAGGUGCACAAGGCGGUGCUGGCGGAUGGCAGGGAGGUCGCGGUCAAGGUCCAGUACCCCGGUCUGGCUAGCUCUGUGGCCGCCGACCUGGCCACCAUGAAGGCCCUGGCAGCGGCCGCCUCAGCCCUGUUCCCGGACAUCCGACUAGCCUGGCUGUACGAGGAGCUGGCGGCCAAACUGGAGGUGGAGCUGGACUUCAGGAAUGAGAUUCGCAACAGUCGGCGGUUCCAGUCCGUGCUGCGGGAUGCGGGCGAGGGGGGUCGUGUGGUGGUUCCGGAGCUCCACGAGGGGCUGUGCAGCAGCAAGGUGCUCAUCAUGGAGUGGAUCGAGGGGGCCAAGAUCACGGACGUGGAGGCGCUGCAGAGACAGGGGAUCAACCCCCGUCUGGUGGGUCGGCAGCUGGUCAAGCUUUUUGGGGAGCUCAUGUUCAUACACGGAUAUGUACAUGGUGACCCACACCCGGGCAACCUUAUGGUACGACCUAAAGGUCGACCCAACUUCCUGAGGUGGCUGUUCCGGGGGACUCGUCGGGACUUCGAGAUCGUGGUGCUGGACCACGGGACGUACCUCGAGAUGGCCAGUUGCAACAUAUCUUGGGACUCCAGCAGCCAGUUGGCGGUGGCUCCGGAGCUCCGUCAGCAGUUUUGUCAGUUGUGGUGUGCCGCGGUGAUGCACGACGAGGCCACGCAGGCCGACAUCUCCACGGACAUGGCGGGCGAGCGGGGCGGUCGGGUGCUGCCGCUGCUGCUCACUCAGCGAGCCCGCAACCGUGCAGAGGAGCGGGCGCUGCGGGAGCGCAUCGGUGUCCGCACCCUGGGCGACAUGACCUCCCUGCUCUCCACCGUCAGCCGCCACCUGGUGGACCUGCUGAGGGUGGUGACGGUGAUGAUGUUGGUGGGGCUGAGUUUGUGGUCGGCUGGCUCCUCUGUGGUGGGUCGGGUGCUGGGGACCGUGGUGGCGCUGCUGGAGGAGGCGCUGUUCUCGUAG